AUGGCAUACAUCUUGGGGACCCUACUAGCUUGUCAGAAGGGUAUGUGCAGACGGAGUGACGGCACCUACCCGUACGACUCGAAACAUGCCGCGUACGACGGCUUCAUCGACAUCCUCCUCACCGCAUCCUCGGAGUUUACGCUGACCUUGCUCGGACCUAACCUUAUCACCGACCCAUACUCUUUGUGGCCAUCUCCGAGGCUCGUUGCGACCAACGGAUAUAAAGAAACCAGAUUUGAGAAAAAUGAGCGGUCCAAUGACGGGCUAGGAUGUGGCAGAGGAGUAGCCACAAAGCAAGAGAAGAUCAUAUCCGUCCAAAAGCGGCCCAAAAAGUACAUCAUCAGGGAGCAGGAUGUGGAAGCCAACGAGGGGACGUGCUGA